AUGGUCUCCGAGUAUAUCGAGGACAUUAUCGAAUAUCUGCGGGAUGCUGAGCCCAAGUACUUGCCGUGCACCGAGUACAUGAGCAAGCAGAGGGCGCUGACCUGGGACAUGCGGCGCAUCUUGGUCGAUUGGAUCAUCCAGAUCCACUACAAGUUCCGCAUGCAGCCCGAGACGCUGUUCCUGGCAAUCAACAUCGUGGACCGCUUCCUGUCGAAGCGGCAUGUGGCCAUGUCGAGGCUUCAGUUGGCCGGACUCACUGGUCUGCUGAUCGCCUCCAAGUACGAGGAGACGACCACACCGCACAUCGAUGACUUCAUUUUUCUCGCUGGCAACUGCUACACAACGAAGGACGUUAUGGCAGCAGAGGUAUACAUGCUAACCGCGCUGGGGUUCGACAUGGCAUAUCCAAACCCAAUGACGUUCCUGCGGCGCGUGUCCAAGGCCGAGCAAUACAACAUCCAGACGCGCACCAUCGCCAAGUACCUACUGGAGGUUGGUCCUGAUCGACUAUCCCACGUCGCUGCAGCGGGAAUCUGCCUGGCGCGGCGCAUGCUCAGGUCUGGCAAGUGGGAUGCGAAUCUGCGCCAUUACUCUGGGUUCACCGAGGGGGAACUGCAGCCAUGCAUUGACAUCAUGGUCAGCGCUUUGCUCCACGCCAAGGAAAGCGAGUUUGUGUUCAAAAAGUACACGCACCGCCGGUUCCUGAGGGCCAGCCUGUUCUGUCAGGAUUGGGUCGCGCGUCACGGCGACGAGUUUGAUCUCGCCGACCUGCACAUCCGCACAUUUGUCGCCGCAUCUGCUGCCGCUGCCGCUGCCGAUAGUGAUGCUGCCAGCGAGGUCAUCAGCCCAAGUGCACUGUUGACUGCAUUUGCCAUCAGCACAGCAUCCGGCACGUUGUCUCCCUCAUUGACGAGCGACACGCACACAAGCGCGGAAUCUCGCUGCCAGUUCAUCCUCGCCGACCGAGAUCGUGCGGAUCUGGGGGCCGUCAAUCAGCUUAUCGGUACGCAGCGCAGCAUCACUGCUGGCCAGCAGCACCACCUUGGCAAACCUGCCUUGCUUGAUGAAUUCGAUGAGCUCUUGCGCAAAGGCUCGGUGGUGGUGAGGCAGGGGCGGUGA